AUGGAACUUUCACUGUCUUCUGAUGAAGAAGAUUAUUAUGAGGCUUACUGCGAAGAUAUUGAUGACGCAUUUGAAAAGUCUGAUGGAAAAAUUACUCUCAACUUGUACCAUCACUCUAAUGCAUCAGCUACUACAGGACAGGGUUCGGUCAAGACUGCAUGCCGUGUCAAGGAAGAUGGUGCGGCAAUUUAUGCCGAAGAAAAGUCUGAUUACUCGAUUUCCAUCGAGAGACUUCUUUGGGUAGACGGAUUUGAAGAAUCUUCGCCAGUUUGCAACGGCGCCCAAAGAAAAGCGAUGACUCUUGCCGUACUCAGAAUGGUAUUCAAGUCUUCAAGUCGAGACACAAGAAUAGAGUGGGCGAGAGCAGUCCUUAAGCUAGAGGGGACCGACAAAAGUGGCAAGGGGGAGCCACUUGUCGAGGCAUGGGCCCCCUUUUCCAAUCUUCAACGAUCCAAUGAGUCAGAGAGCCACCGGGAGACAACUGUUCAGAUAGGUGUGGAGUGUGAUCCUGGCUUUGACGGAGUGGCUCCAGUAUCCAUUCAACUAAGCCGCGAACGCCGUAUUUCCUGGAACCAGGCUGAAUACGAUGAAGCCUUCUCAACGCCCGUCUUCAGCAAGAUUACAAACAACAGGAAUGGCGUCGAUUGGUACAUGAGGCAGAAUCCUCUUCAAAAUCACGGCAUACCACCAGAGACCAUGACAUCGGUUUUAUUUUCACGAAAUUCCCCAGAUCCAUAUAUGGUUUCGUUUCGGAUAUACAUUCGUGCCGGCACGCUGAACGAUAUUGCAAAUAGAGUCAAAAAUUUCUUCGGCCUAAAGCCAGGCCAAACGUACCCUUUCCUAGUGAGCCCUGGCGGCAAACCAAUUUGCCACUCCGAAGGCAGAGAAAUCUUUCAAAAUAUCGACUUCAAUAACUUGGGGGCACUACGGGAAUCAAAAUUCAGCAACAAAUUGAAUAUCAAGUGGGGACCCAGUCCCGGUGUAUCUGAGCUUCCUGACCCUUCGUCGGAACUGAAGGGUAAGAUAGAAGAGAGAGAACAUGUUGAGAAACACCGACAGCCGAUCGGGGCCCAGGAAGAAUACCGCCAGCUAGAGGAUGUCACUCAACAGGCACGGGGAAGGAAGACAAGUGCCAAGCGACAAUAUACGAACACCAACUCUUAG